CGAGACGAUUAGCUUUUGUGGUGUUGCCAAAUCCGAAAGACCUUAUUUUUGGUGUUUUGUUACUAUCUUUUGUUCUCGACGGUGCGCUCGCGCAGUGAUAACCUGUUGUACUUUUAUUUCCUUGCCAUUGACCUUUAGCGAUUCGGAUCAAACGUUAUCGGAAAAUGUCCAGCCCAAGCAAGGACAGUUUGCCAAAGGUUCCAACUCCUCUGAAGAAUGAAUUAGCUCAGUUUGAUUCAUCAAAGAUGAAGCAUGCAGAAACUCAGGAGAAGAAUCCUCUUCCUUCAAAAGAUGAUGUUGAGCAAGAGAAGGUUCAUAAUAGUAUUAUAACUGGAGUAGAAGGUUUUGAACGGUCAAAACUGCAUCGUACGCAGACACAAGAGAAAGUGAUUUUACCAAAUGCUGAAGAUGUAGCCCAGGAAAAAGUGCAACAAAACUUCUUGAAUGGGGUAAGAAGUUUUAAACGAAAUUCAUUAAAGCGUACUAGUACAGAAGAAAAGCUCAUACUUCCUACAUCAAAUGAUGUUGUUCAAGAGAAAAUACAUCAAAACAUAGUAAGUGGUGUGGAAACCUUUGACAAAACUGCAUUGCACCACACAGAGACAAAGGAAAAGGCAGUCUUGCCUAGUACUGAAAUUAUUGAACAAGAAAAAGGUCAUCAGAAAUUAGUCCAGGGUAUUGAAAAUUUUGAUGCAUCUGUUCUGAAACAUACCGAAACUCUUGAAAAAAAUCCUCUUCCUACAAAAGAAGCUAUUGCUAUGGAGAAAAGUGCGGCCUAAGCCAUUCCAGUGUACGUGUUCUGCUUAAAUGAGUACUUCCACAGUUUUGAUAAGAUAUUUGUAAUAUUUGCGUUUUUUUUUUCUAGAGGAUAUUUUGUCCUUAAUGUAUUUAUAAAAGACCAUGUUUUUCUACAAUCUGAGAUUGUAUUUUGAUAUUUAACACUAUUGAUUGAAAAUGUGCAUCAUAAAAUAUUUCUACAAUUAUGAAAAUCUGUGAAUCUAGUUUUAAUAAUUUUAAAAUAUGUUUUGUAAAGUUAAGUAUAGUUUGUAAUAUCAAAUAUGCCUUCUUUUACUAGUCUUGUAUAACAGUUCC